CACCCCACCCGGACGAUGCGGAUUCCACGCGGCCCUGCACGUGGUGCCCACGCCGCGGGGCGGCCGCCGUGCGCGCGCCCGUGUCAUGCUCCGCUUGAUAUAAACGCGGCCACCACUUUCCUCCCCACCUACAGAUAUUUCCCAGCCAUCCUCCUGCCGCGGUUCGCGUUGCUACACCACGAUCCAGGACCAGGAUCCAGGAAGAUAAUCGAGGAGGAGGGCGGAGCCAUGGCGAGCGAGCACGCGGAGGCGGAGCCGAAGCAGAAGCAGAGCCUGAUGGACAAGGCCAAGGAGUUCGUGGCGGACAAGAUCGCGCACAUCCCCAAGCCGGAGGCGACGCUCGACGGCGUCUCCUUCAAGAGCAUGAGCCGCGAGUGCAUCACCCUGCACAGCAACGUCAACGUCUCCAACCCCUACGACCACCGCCUCCCCAUCUGCGAGGUCACCUACACCCUCAAGUGCGCCGGCAAGGUUGUGGCGUCCGGCACCGUGCCCGACCCCGGCUGGAUCGCCGCCAGCGACACCACCAAGCUGGAGAUCCCCGCCAAGGUGCCCUACGACUUCCUCAUCUCGCUCAUGAAGGACGUGGGCAGGGACUGGGACAUCGACUACGAGCUCCAGGUCGGGCUCACCGUCGACCUCCCCAUCAUCGGAAACUUCACCAUCCCGCUCUCCACCAGCGGCGAGUUCAAGCUCCCAACCCUCAAGGACAUGUUCUAAUAAUUCAUCAGAUUCCGUGGCGUCGACCAUGUACCACCAAUGUAACUCUGUCAUCCCAUCCCCACGGCUGUAUGAAUCCUAGUGCCGUCUUGCAAAUAAAGGCAGAUGCUCUGUUUCAGUUCUACCACAUACUGCUACGGCAUACCAGUAUCAGCUGCCUGAACAUCUGUUUCUGAAUGCAUGCCUAAUGGUUGCAAUAAAGAGAUAGAUGCCUGAAUUUCAGGUUUCAGUGGAAAA